GCCGGUGCGUGCGUGCGCGCGCGCCGCGGGCGGGCCAGUGAAGCCGGCGGCCUUGGCACGUGAUCCGGGAGCGGCUCGGUCGCUUGGUGGCUCGGUCUGUCUGUCCGUCCGCGGGUGCCAUCAUGGCGGACGCGGCCAGUCAGGUGCUCCUGGGCUCCGGCCUCACCAUCCUGUCCCAGCCGCUCAUGUACGUGAAGGUGCUCAUCCAGGUGGGAUAUGAGCCUCUUCCUCCAACAAUAGGACGAAAUAUUUUUGGGCGGCAAGUAUGUCAGCUUCCUGGUCUCUUUUGUUAUGCUCAGCACAUUGCGAGCAUCGAUGGGAAGCGUGGGUUGUUCACAGGCUUAACUCCAAGACUGUGUUCAGGUGUCCUUGGAACUGUGGUCCAUGGUAAAGUUUUACAGCAUUACCAGGAAUGUGACAAGGUUGAGGAUUUAGGCUCUGGAAAUGCACAGAAAGAAGUCACACCUUCCUUCGACCAAGUUAUCAAGGAGACGACUCGAGAGAUGAUGGCCCGUUCUGCUGCUACCCUCAUCACACAUCCCUUCCACGUGAUCACUCUAAGAUCUAUGGUACAGUUCAUUGGCAGAGAAUCCAAGUACUGUGGACUUUAUGAUUCCAUAGUAACCAUCUAUCGUGAAGAGGGCAUCCUAGGAUUUUUUGCGGGUCUUAUUCCCCGCCUCCUAGGUGACAUCAUUUCUUUGUGGCUCUGUAACUCACUGGCCUACCUCGUCAAUACCUAUGCACUGGACAGUGGGGUUUCCACCAUGAGUGAAAUGAAGAGUUAUUCCCAAGCUGUCACAGGAUUUUUUGCCAGUAUGUUGACGUAUCCCUUUGUGCUUGUCUCUAAUCUUAUGGCUGUCAACAACUGUGGGCUUGCUGGUGGAUGCCCUCCUUACUCCCCGAUAUAUACUUCUUGGAUAGACUGCUGGUGCAUGCUGCAAAAAGAGGGAAAUAUGAGCCGAGGAAAUAGCUUGUUUUUCCGGAAGGUCCCCUUUGGGAAGACUUAUUGUUGUGACCUGAGAAUGUUAAUUUGAAGAUGUGGGACAGGGACAGUGACAUUUCUAUAGUCCCAGAUGCACAGAAUUAUGGGAGAGAAUGUUGAUUUCUAUACAGUGUGGCGCGCUUUUUUAAUAAUCAUUUAAUCUUGGGAAAAUGGA